CGUCAGACUCAGUGCAGUGUUGACAUGGUUGAUGCGGCUAGCGCGUAUAGCGAAGCUGCUACCGCACGCGCUGCAUAGCCAGGAAGCUCAAUGGCCCCUCCUGCUCGAUGCUCAGCCUGGUUUUGUGUCUUUUUGAUUAUCUGGCGCAUGGCGUCUUCGGAAAAAAUCUAGUCACCUGUAGGGGAAGGACGCCAGCAAAUCUCGUUGAUUGAGCUUAGAGUGUUGGUUGGUUGGCACAGACGGUGGCCUCGAUGACGGCUUUCCAGCCAGUCGCUGUGGUGUGUCGUGUCUUCUGUUGGGCGCUCUGAUACUACUGCACAGUCCUGCAGUGACCACUGUCAUUGUUGCUACCACUGCCACCAGCCACGCAUGAUUGUCAAUAGUAGGCGAGAUGGAAACGACAACAACUCCCCCGGAGAAGAAGUACAUCAAGCUGUUGCCCGGUGAGGACAUUCUGCUGAGAGAGGACUCGUGCAUGCUGGCCGGCUCCAACAACACCGAAGCCAGCGGAGUGCUGUUUCUCACCAACUUCCGCCUGCUGUUCACCGGCGUCUUCGCUCAGUGUCCCGAUGAAACGGACCACACGCACCAUCAGACGACGGCGGCGGACUACGCGCACUACACGCCAGACCUGGACCUAGCCAAAAAGCCGGACAGUGGCAGCCCGCUGGUGACGCGUGUGCUGGCCAGUCGCAAGGAGAUGCGACCGCGCACGGCGCACGUCACCCUGGAGCAGCGUCGCUCGUCCAGCGGUGACCUGCCACCGUCCGGCAGCAAGGCGGACGGUUUCCGCUCGCUGCCGCGCAUGCCCAUGUCCGCAGCGGGAGCAGCGGCGACGACGGCAGCAGCUGGCUCCAAGUUCUACCUCUCUGGCGACGACAAGCCUGUUCUGGAAGUGGACGAGAAUUAUUUCAAGCAGGAGAGUGACAACGCCGACGACGUGAAGCGGCGCACCUCCGGCCCGUCGGUCAUUGUGGACACGCGCUCGCGCGCCAUGUCCGAUUUUGAAAUGGUCGACGGCGACGGCGAAGUGCUGGGCACCACGACGGCGUCGCUGCGUAGCAGCUCGCACUCUAGCAAUGCCGGCCCGGGCAGUCCCGGCAGUGGCAUGGGCGGUAUACCGGAAGAGGGGAACUUGCCCGGCGGCGCCGUGUUGCAGCGUGACCAUCCCGUGGCCGAUAUGUCCACGGCACAGGGUACAGCCAGUCUCGACGCCGAAACUGGCGUUGCUGCCGCCACUGCUGGCAAUGUCAGGGACAGCAGCGACGGCAACGCCACUACAGAUGUGAGCAGUCCGUCAUUUAUUAGCCGCGUGCGCAACGCCACCGCUCCCGCCAACGACCCCUCGCUCGCCAGGCCUCUGGAACAAGUGGCGUCCUCAAAGCUGAUGUGGAGUGCGUCGGAGGUGACGGACGAGACCGCACGGCGACGGGUUCUGCGACGCAGCCAGAGCGUUGUCUCUUCGGAAACCAUCGAAGCGGUCGUCCUGAUGCAUCGAAAGAACAGCCAAUUCUUCGUUGAGCUGCCCAGCAAAUCGUCUGCUAUCAACAUGGAAGUGCCGGCGGAUCACGACGUCCGCGUCUCCAUGCCGAUCCAGGCCAUUGUGAAGCUGACGCACAGGCCACCUCAGUCUGUACGCCACGCUCCACGCACGCGCCAAUCCAUGAAGCUGUCGAUGGAAUGCCUCGAAGUCAUCAUGCAAACCGUGCAAGUCUAUAAGCUAUGCACUGUUUCGCUGCAAAUCGUCCUCUCCAUCCAGUCGCUAGUAAAGAAUUUACGCAAUCGAAUGGCAAAUAGCGCCCAUCACUUUGCACAAAUAUUUUGCCAGGCAAUGCGUGAAUCACAGAGAGAAUGGUUGGAAGCAUCGCGACCUCACGCGGAAGGAAAGCAGCGGGCCAUCACAGACUGUGACCUCCUAUGCUCAUCAACAACGGAGGGAGAUGACAAUGGUGGCGUCUUCGACGAAGAAUUAGACCUACCCAAUCCGACUGAAGACAUCUUCGAUAUGACUGCUGAAGCGGAUCGCCUACUCAUCACCAAGGAUGCAGUCUGGAGGCUAUCUGAUGCACAGUCGAUCUGCCCGACCUACCACUGUAAGGUCAUUGUACCUGUCUUCACACCGGACGUCGACUUGGCUCGCCUUGCUCCUAGUCACCAGCAUGGUCGCUUUCCCGUCGUGUCCUGGUUGGGACCCAACGGUGCGGCGCUGCUCCGUGCAGCAGCCCCCGUCAAUCCAAUGGGUGAUCAUACUACACGCUCCACCAUACAGGAAGGAAUGUUCCGUGCCAUCUGUACGCUCAACAAGUCGGUUACUGGUCGUGAUGAGAAACUGUUUGUCUUCUUGGAAGCGUCCACAAAGAAACCCGUAAAAGGAUCAGCAAACCCAAAAAUGAGUUUCUACUUCCCGGGUUGCAAGUUCAUUUACCACGACGAGUUCAGCAUACACGCCGUGCGCAAGAGCCUCAAGGCGCUGCGCCAGUUUCUCCAUCGUCCCAUUGAUAUGGGUAAGUAUUACUCGCUGUUAGAAGAGACACACUGGCUGCAGCAGGUCAGCUUGCUUCUGCGCAUCAGCUCCAAUGCUGUCAAAGCCAUCAGUGGUGACAACGUAUCAGUGCUUGUGGCAUUUGAGGAUGGAUGGGAUGCCACAACGCAGGUGGUCAGUCUUGCUCAGGUGCUGCUGGACCCCUACUACCGGACAUAUGACGGUUUUCUGGCGUUGGUGCGCAAGGAAUGGCUGUCGUUCUCUCAUCACUUUGCCGAGCGUCACAAGCCCGCUCCCGAGCAGAGUGCCAAGACGGAAGCGCCGAUAUUCCUCCAGUGGCUCGACUGCGUGUGGCAGAUCAUUCAGCAGUUCCCGAUGGCGUUUGAGUUCAGUACGACGUUACUGGAGUACUUGGCAUCAGAGUCCUACUCGGGACGAUUCGGCACAUUUCUGCAGAGUGGUGCGGGCGACAGAAGCAGCAUCUUCUUUGAGGAGGACUUUCUCAAGAACACCGUCUCCAUCUGGACUCAUUUGUCGGAGAAGGCGAUGCGGGAGCGAUUCACCUCGGGCAUGUUCCUGCCGGAUAUGUUUCCAGAUGUGAUUGUACCAUUGUAUCAUGUAGGCUCCCUCAAGCUGUGGACAGAGUUCUACAUGAGACCAUUCCUGCAGAGAACCCUGAACGAGCAUGAAGAGCAGACAUUUAAAGCAAGUGUCGAGCUCAUCCUCAAGUACAAGUCACUGGCAAAACGGAUGAAAGAGAAGUUUCCGGAGGAGGUUUGCAGCCCCAUACCCGUGUUUGUUCAGGCGUCGCAAUCGCUUCACAGCUUCAGCAGCUGCGACUCCAAUAACAUGCGGCAUCGGGCAAUAUCCGGAAUGUCCAUAGCGACGAACGGCAGUGGAGAGGUGUCCGGUCUGGUCAAGACCUCCUUGUCGACGUCGUCCGUGGUGCCUCGCGACAGGGCCACCUCUGGCGAGGAACCGGGCAAGCCGCCAUUGCUGCGGCCCAUGUCCAUGACGGCUCUGCUGCACAGCGGCGACGAUUUCACCGACCUUAAUCUAGUCACCAUCAUCAAAGACAAAGGGCUUUUUGCGGAGGCUGAUGUCUUUGUGAAACGCCACUCGUGCAGCGGAAUUCUGGAGAAAAUUGGAGCUGGUCUGCGGAAAGGCUGGAAGAAACGCUGGUUCCUACUGGACAUCAACAAACAGUACUUGGCCUACUUCAACGAUGAAAAUACUCAACAGUCUGGUGGGCAGCCAGCUGGCGUCGUGUCGCUGUACGACAUCACCAAAGUCUACCAGCAGGAGAAGAAAGAUACUCUGCUGCAUCACAUCUUCAGCAUGGAGGUGCGCGGCUCACGCACCUUUCAACUCCAGGCACCCAACCGCGGCUGUCUGCAGAUCUGGAUGGCUUGCCUUGAGCAGAUUAUCACCGUCAAUUUGUCCCGUGCAGGACGCUGAGUCAGCAGCGCGCGUGUGCUAUCUGCUGGAUCGGAUGCCGACGAUGCUGUGGCCAGAGAGCUCUCUGUAUGUAUUCUGGUGUGCUUGUGUGUGUGUGUGUGUGUGUGUGCGUGUGUGUGUGUGUGUGUGUGUACGUACGUAUGUAUGUACGUGUGCAUGCGUGCGUGCGCGCGCGUGUGUGUGUGUGUGUAUGUGUGUGCACACACGGUGUGGUUCGGCAAUGUUCUGGUAUCUGCUACUGGGUAGUACUGUGUAUUACGGUGGUCAGUUCACUGCCCAAAAUGCUGGCCUGAUCCGUUGAAAGGCCGGCUGUCACUGUACUCUCCUGCAGGGACACAGUCCUGCCUGCCUAGAUUCAGUACACACUGAUGCAUUUCGAUGAAGCUGAUUGCAGUUGAUACAUAUUUUUAAAGCGUCAGGUUUGAUUUUGCCUUUUUGUGCUAGCCAUUUUUAAAAUUAUUCCCAGCUUUACCACCAUAAGCUUCCAUGUUGACUUUCUUGUAACCCGCACUUUUACAGCCCAUUUCCAUCUACUCCAAGCCCUUAUGCAAGCUCACGAAACAACCGUAAUGAAGAUAUCUCUUCCCUUGGCACACAGCAGCCCCAAUUGUUCUUGAGAAUCAGGUGCUAGAAUUCCGAAAAUUUCCUUUUGAAGUACUGUUGCUAUUUUUAACGAAAUUUUGAAUAUUAGUUCCGUCACUUUGUUGGUCUAACUAAUAUUGCCUGUGUGUUGCUGUAAGUUUGGAUUGAUGGCAUGACUCGUGCACACAACUGUUCCCACUCAGCCUUUUUAACUGAUUGCCACGUUGCCGCCGACAACUGGUUUACCAAGAACUCUCCUUCCAGUACUCUAUAUCCCCACUAGGUUUUUAAAUGUUUUUUUUUACUGGUGUCAAAUAGAUUAUUUUAAUUGCUUAUUGUAGCACCCCGCCAAGAGUGGAAUUGGCUAUUAUAAAAUUUAAAUUUUAACGCGGAUUUUCAUCUUGAUUUGACUUGAGACCCUUAAGUAGUCUUCAGUAAUCUGGCCAACGCAUGGCACCCUUCUUAUCUCAUCUAUAGUAAGGAUAAUUUUGUUCUCUCUCUCUCUCCCUGAAGAAAUCCACUUGCUGACCGGCUUCUUGCCGGGCAGACUUCACCUGAA